CUCGUCAGUCGACCCUGGACGCUCGAAGAGCAUUCAGCUGUUCCAGCAGCACGUGGCUGCGUUUUGCCUUUCUCUUCAAUUUUAUUAAAACACACGCGACUGUCGUUCAGGUUAGGUCUAGUUCUUCCCUUCUCUCUCUCUCUUACAUACCGGGACCAGUUUCAAUCAGUUGUUGAAUCUUUAAGUCCUUUGUGAAUCACGUGCUUCUCAUUAUGGAAAACCGGCAAGUUCUGUAGUUGAAAUUUCUAGUCAUUUUUUUUUGUUUUUUGUCAUCAAAAACGUGUGAAACUCUUCCACAGUGACUUGGAAUAUAAAUUGCGAUUAUAGUGUUAAUCGCUGAAACAGUGAGAUUGUGAAACAAAAGAGUGUAACUUUUUGGGUAAAUUUUUUUUUUGCGGAAAGAAACGGCUGCAUUUAUGGGGGUGUCCGGAGAGUGCGCGGUUAAGGGUGCUGGCAGUAAAAGCCACCCCUGUCAUUGCUGUGGACAUACAGCAAAUGCAAGUACAAGUGUUUCAUUGCAUCACACAUCACAUCAUCAUCAUCAUCAUAAUCACAAUCACAAUCAGCAACAGCAUCACAAUCAACAUCUUCAAACUCAUCAUCAAACGAAACAUCAAGUUGAAUCACAUCAGAAUACAACUAGUGAUACCAAAAUUUUGGCACCAUUGCGCAAUAAAAUGAGGGUGCUCAAGAAACUCAAACGAAAAAUGGGCUUAGCUCCUAGAUCAUCGAGUGCAGGUACCAAUAACCUGCCGCCCCUGACGUUCCAUCAGGUACAUGGUGAUAACAUUAGAUUGUGGAAUGGCGGUACUGUCGCCAGAAGGCAUGAGAGCUUUUGCAAAGGUGUCACCUUCAGCGCGAGGCCAGUGCGAAUCGGCGAGAAGGUAUGCGUGAAAUUCUUGGCAAUAUCCAACAAUUGGAGUGGCGUGAUACGUUUUGGAUUCACGAGCAACGAUCCCAUUAAUCUUCGUAAUGCAUUGCCAAAAUAUGCUUGUCCUGAUUUGACAAAUAAACCUGGAUAUUGGGCAAAAGCAUUGGCCGAAAGAUUUGCCGAGAGAGAUUCUGUAUUAUUUUAUUAUGUAACAUCGGCUGGCGAUGUUCAUUUUGGUGUGAAUGGCGAGGAAAAAGGCGUAUUCUUUAGUGGCGUUGAAACAAGAGGACCAUUGUGGGCAAUAAUUGAUGUCUAUGGAAAUAGUACGGAAAUUGAAUUUGUCGAUCCAAAUCGUCAACAUUUUAAUAAUAUUAAAAAAGGCGCUGAACACAGCAAUGAAGAUAAUGCACAGCACAGUAGGCACUCGGCAAUGGACGACGUCAGCAAUAGUCGUCGCGACGUCGAAAGAAUCAUUGUACCGUCCAUGCAGAACGUGUCCAUCCAUUCUCAUGAUCUCGAUGUCGAUCUACCUGGCCUGAGGUUUCAACCUUCCGGCGUUCUCUUCACUCCACUACCAUUCCAUCCAACCCGAGGUAGAAAUAUUCAUUUCACGAAUCAACAAUGCGUGGCAACGAGAGACGAUGCAGAAUUCUGUCACGGUUACGCAUUCACGAGUCGACCACUCUUUUUAGGCGAGAGAUUGGUUGUUCAAAUUCUUGCCACCGAACCAAUGUAUGUCGGUGCACUUGCUCUUGGUUUCACAUCAUGUGAUCCAUCACGACUUACAUAUGCCGAUCUACCAGACGACAGUGAUCUUCUUCUCGAUCGACCUGAAUAUUGGGUUGUCUCCAAAGACGUCGCCUCAAGUCCUCAACCAGGUGAUGAAAUUGCAUUCACCGUGACUCAUUUCGGUGAGGUACAAAUGAGCAAAAAUGGCGGACCACCAAACGUUGUGAUGCACGUUGAUCAAAGUCUUCAACUCUGGGCGUUUGUCGACGUUUACGGCAGUACACAACGUGUUAGGAUGCUUGCCAGUCGACCAAAUUCACCACCAAGAACACGACAGUGUAUUCCAUCGCCUGGUGCUCCACAGCAACAGCAACAACAACAGCAGCAAUCAAAUCACAGUAAUGCAUCCACCGAAUUAUCGAGAUUCUCCGAAAUGGUACAAUUUAAACCCGCUGUUGGCGGUGGAACUGUUUUGGUUGUUAAUCUCCCACCUCAGGGCAAUUAUCCAGCUUCACAAACACCACAACCGAUUUAUUCAUCCUCGUCAUCCUCUUCAUCGCAUAGAAAUCCUCCAACGCAAACUGCUCCCGUCUCACAUCCAGGAUCAUCGAGACAAUCGUCACCACCUCUAACUGGUACAAUGACAUCAACUGGUUCAUCGACUUACGUUGAUCCCGUCUCCUAUCAGAGUCUCGAUGGUACAUUGUCUUCAUCACAUUUACAACAAUGGAGCGAGGGUCUUCAACCAACGCCAGGACAACCAAGCGAAUGUUCAAUUUGUUAUGAACGCAAUAUCGAUAGCGUUCUCUACAUGUGCGGUCACAUGUGCAUGUGUUAUACCUGCGCGAUACAACAAUGGCGAGGUAAAGGUGGCGGUCACUGUCCCUUAUGUCGAGCACCAAUCAGAGACGUUAUUCGAAUAUACAGAUCCUGAACCGAGUUCAAAACAAAACAAUCCAGGUGUCGAGGUCCCGUUCCAUUGUCCCUUUCAUUAGGAACCUCAUGGUCCACCUAGUCUUUUUUUUCUCUUAACAAACUGAAAUCUUCUUUUGUUUUUUCGAAUUUUAAUAUUUUUAACGAAAAGAAGAAACUUUUUUUUUUUUUUUUGAAUGAAAAAACUGGAAAAAAGAUUUCAAAUUGUAAGAGUUAGGAGGAGAGAUACAAGAAUGACGAGCGUUAUUUAAUUAUCGGGAAGAAUUAUUGCGUCAGUGUUUUUAACACUUUGUCAAUUAAAUCGUAAAUAUUUCCCCUGGCGUUUAAAAUUGAAGCGCAUUUACAACACUGCCGACGAUUAAACUGACGCGAUGAAUUUUGAAAAAGCCUGUUAAACUUGAAUCGGGGGGUAAAGAUCGAUUUGUAGGAUUUAUGGACAUUAGAAAAAAAACUAACUACUACUAACUACUUGUUAUUAAACUAUUACUGUUGCUUCUACAUUAGAUCGCUCUCUGAUUUUUUUUUCCUAUCUAUCUAUAUAUGUAUAAUAUAUCACCUAUUGCGCUUCGACUUGUCAAUGUAUCUUAUUUAAUUUAAACGCAGUGUGAUGAAAAAAAAAAACCGGGGACGUUUCAGGUUUAAGGGCAUUUAUUCUUUCCAAGUAGAAUUAUUAUUAUCGCUCCAGUCUUUCCUCUUUUUUUUUCCUGAGAUUAGAAAUCUUAGUGAUAAAAACUUCACGAUUUUUUUCCCUAUUUACAAUUUAAUUGGAAAAAAGGAAAUUCAAUUGACAAAUUUCAUUGAAAAAAAUGGAAAACUAAAAAAAAUCGAUGAAUUUUUUUUUAUCACUGGACCUUAGAAAAGCGUCGCCCUGCCCAUGAUUUAUUGCCAAAGAAAUCCUCUGUGUGCGACUGAUACUUUUUUUUUUUGAGAGAGAGAAAGCGCACAGAGGAUUCAUGACUUUGAGUGAUUCCCCAUUGAGACUAUUUUAAUCGUUAGAGGACUCGAAAAAAAAAUAACUGUAUACUUUUACUGCCGAUUGUGCUUAUAUGGCGAGCGCAAUAGAUUAAUUAACGAAAGAUGUGUAUCGAUAAAAAAAAAAUCCCUCCACUCACAUUCGAAUAUUUAGAGGGGGGAAAAAAAUAUCUUUUCAUGAAAAUCAAAAUUUGAAAAAAUUAAUCAAAUUUUCUCAAUAUGAGAAAAUUGAAUUUUUUUUAUUCAAAUGAGAGUGGAUCGAUAAUCAAUUUAAAGGCGCCUGAAUGUUUUUGUAUAGAAUUGCGAUUGUGGAAAUGAUCUUCCAUUAAAUUAUUAAGCAAACGUAAUAUUUGAUACAACGCUUUUUUGACUACUACUACUACUAUUACUACUAUAUCAAAUUACGUUUUAAGUGAAACGCAAGUUUUUAUACAAUCGUUUUUUAUAUAAUCGUGACAGUGAAGUAUUUUUGUGUGUACAGUAAGCGAAAAAAAAACGAAAAAAAAACAAAAAAAAUAGAGAUCCUCGAGUUGCUACGAGCAAAAUUUCGAUGGAUAGUUCAUUCAUAUCCCUCGAAUUUUGCUCACUUCGAGAGAAAAAGAGAUCUUCUUUCCUAUACAAAGCUGUAUUAUUUUCCUAUGCAAGAAACAAAAAAAUAAAAA